ACACACAUUUAUGCUCAGAUAACAUUUAAUAAUACAUGCAGACUCAAACCCUCACAUGGCUAACCAUCUCUCCUUCCUCCUCCUCUUCAUCAUCUUCUACAGAGUCUCAGCAGGGAGGCAUGUGUCUGUGCAGGCAGGAGGCUCCAUCACCAUCCCAUGUAGCUAUGAUCAGUAUUACAUAAACCAUGUGAAAUACUGGUGUAAAGGGUAUGGUUGGACUCGUUGCUCCUCUGUAGUACGCACUGACCAUCCUAAGAGCACUGAUAGGGCCUCAAUCUCUGAUGACAUCGCCCAGAAAGUCUUCACUGUGAUCAUGACUGAUCUGGAGCCAGAGGACUCUAAUACUUACAGGUGUGUUGUGGAGAUCAAUGGAGGAUCAGAUAGCAUGCUACAAUGGUUCUACCUAUCUGUCACUCCAGGUACUCCAGAACUCUAUGUGGACCAACAGGAAGUGACUGGAGUAGAAGGAGGGAGUGUCACUGUCCGUUGUUACUAUAGUAACACUGGAGAUAUAAAGUGGUGCAGGAUGGGUGGUGAUGGUGUGAGUGGGUAUUCUGGGACUUUAAAUGGAACAUCAGUGACAUUAAAGCGGACUAGUGAAGCCAACAACAGAACAGUCUUAACAGUGACUAUGAGUGGACUGAAGAUGGCGAACACUGACUGGUAUUGGUGUAGAGUGGGAGAACUAGAGAUGCCUGUUCACAUCACUGUCAGUCAACCAACUGCAACACAGAGAACCUCUAAGAUGACCUCAUCAACCCAAGAUCCAACCUCUCAACAACCCUCUGCCUCUCCAACUGCUGAGCCUGUUCAGACUGACAACACAAGUCAAGGAGCUGAGGGGAACAUGGAGGAAGUCCACCAGAGGUCUGUGAAAGUCCUACUCAUCUCUCUGGGCAUGUUGGUGGUGGUGACAGCUGGUAUCCUAGUAACAUGGAAGAUGUGGAGAAAACAUAAGGACAAUAAGGCCAAGGACCAGACAACUAACAACUCAGUGGAUCCAUUUCCUGAAGCUGAUGAUGAUGUCACAUACAGCACUGUCAUCCCCCAGCACAAGGCCCAACUAAAAGGACAGACCAAGUCAGCAGAACCAGAUGAUAAUGUGGUCUACAGCUCACUAGCUCUACAGGUGACCACACAGCAGAGGGCAGCAGCACAAUAGUGACUGACUGAGAAGACCUUGGUUGAGUCCUUUUACUGGAAGGACAGAACACUCCCCUCUCCUGUGUUACAUCAUCUAUCUGCCUCCAAUAUGCUUCUGUCAAACCUCUUAAC